AUGGAUGUCCUCAAGCAAUCGAUUCUGCAGCACCACUUCCUUCAAACCCCAACCCACGCCAUCUAUCCGUCAAUCCCUAAUCCCAGCCGUUCCAUCCUCACCCGCACUCUCUCCCUAACCAUCCGAUGCUAUAUCCCAUCUCACAAGACCGACGGUAUCUCCGAUCCCUCUCCGAAGUUCUCCUCUGUCAAGUCCUUCGCACCAGCGACAAUUGCAAAUCUUGGCCCCGGCUUCAAUUUUUUGGGCUGUGCUAUAGAUGGUAUGGGUGACACUGUCACUGUCACCAUUGAUUCAGCCGUCCCUCCUGGCUCCCUUUCCAUCUCCUCCAUCAGUGGAUUCGAAUCCGAGAAGCUGAAGUUGGAUCCCCUAUGGAAUUGUGCGGGGAUAGCAGCAACCGCCGUGAUGCGAAUGCUCAGCAUCCGGUCAGUUGGACUGUCGAUAUCGCUGGAGAAGGGAGUACCACUUGGUAUGGGCCUCGGGUCCAGUGCAGCUAGCGCAGCAGCUGCAGCGUAUGCUGUCAAUGAAUUAUUUGGCGCGCCACUGUACUACAAGCAUCUUAUACCUGCGGGUUACGAAUCAGAAUUGAAGGUAAGUGGGUUACCUGCUGACCAUAUCGCCCCUGCGAUUAUGGGCGGAUUCGUAUGGAUCGUCAACUAUAGUCCGCUCGAUGUGUUCAAGAUACUCUUCCCAGUCACUACUAAAUUGUUCUUCGUAAUUGCAACCCCACAAUUUGAGUCACCCAUGAACAGGAUGCGGCCUCCAAUGCCUAAGCAUUUUGGGUUCUAUGAUAUUACGCGGUCUUUCAACCAGUUAAACGGGUUGGUGAACGCGGUGUUUGAUGGAAAUGUGAGGCUGUUUGGGUAUAUGUUGUCAUCAGAAUGGUUGGUUGAGGCGAGCUUGAUCCCAGCGAUGGCUUGCGUACAGAGGGCUGCUCUGGAGUCAGGUGCAUUAGGAUUUGCCAUAAGUGGGGCAGGUCCCACAGUUGUAGCGGUGACAGACAACAAAGACAAAGGGAAGGAGAUUGGGGCGCGGAUGGUGGAGGCAUUUUGGGAAGAGGGAAAACUGAAAGCGUGGGCAACAGUCCGGAAGAUUGAUAGAGUUGGUGCGAGGAUUAUUUCCCGCAGCGUCUGA